CCCCCCACCAUGGGUAACGUCCUGGCUGCCAGCUCUCCCACACCCUCCCCCACCAUGCCGAGUCCUGGAUCUGGGCUGGUGUCAGUGCCGCCUGGCUUCACCAUGCCCCCCGUCAGCGGGCUGGGCCCCCCUGCGCAGGAGCGGCCGGAGGAGAAGGGGGAUCGGCUGCCCAACCCUGGCACCUUUGAGGAAUGUCACCGCAAGUGCAAAGAAUUGUUCCCCAUCCAGAUGGAAGGUGUGAAACUGACAGUGAAUAAAGGUCUUAGCAACCAUUUCCAGGUGAGUCACAGCGUCACCCUCAGCACUGUUGGUGACUCCAACUAUCACUUCGGGGUCACCUACGUGGGCACCAAGCAGCUCAGCCCCACAGAGGCCUUCCCGGUGCUGGUGGGCGACAUGGACAACAGUGGCAGCCUCAAUGCCCAGAUCAUCCACCAGCUCUCGACCCGGCUGCGCUCCAAGGUGGCCUUCCAG